GUGUCAAAUUCCAAGAGAGAGGAGAGGAGAGGGGAGCCAGAGAGAGGGGCGCAAGGUUACAUCAUUGCAAGUUUUUUGCAAAAAUGGGGGAUGAUCGACCUUUUGUGUGCAGCGCUCUUGGCUGUGGACAGAGAUUUACCAAUGAGGACCACUUGGCUGUUCACAAACACAAGCAUGAGAUGACACUGAAAUUUGGACCAGCCAGGACUGACUCUGUCAUUAUUGCAGACCAGACACCUACUCCCACCCGCUUCCUAAAGAACUGUGAAGAGGUUGGUCUGUUCAACGAGCUGGCCAGCUCCUUUGAACAAGAUGAGGAGGAAAAGAGAGCAAAACUCUCUCUCCCUGCACCCAACUCUGUGGCUUUGGACAUGAGCCUGCAGACGCCAUCAGAGGUGAAGGUGAAAGAGGAGGAUCCUGUAGAGGUCGACUCCUCGCCGCCUGGCAGCCCUGAAUCUAUCUCCGACAUGUCAGACAGCAGCAGAGAACCUCUGGUAAAAGGACAGGACACACCACCCAGGAGUUCAGCCCCCACUCCAACUAUUGUGCGUCCAGGUUCCCUCCCACUACACCUUGGCUUCGAUGCCCUUCAACCCACCAUGCCGUCACCCACCUCUGUCAUCACACAAGCACCACCUUCCAAUCGAACUCUGGGCUCUCCGACCAGCCACUACCCCAUGAUGAUGCUUCCCUCUGGUCAGGCAGUUCCUGUGCUUCCUGGUCCAGGACAUAUUCCCUCUGUCAUUAAUCUUGUCCGACCCAUGUGUAUGGUACCCAACAUUCCUGGGAUCCCAGGUCCUCCUCUGGGAGGCAGCAGCAGCGGCUCUAACUCCCCCUCCGGCUACAGCAUCCACUCAGAGGCCAAGAUGCGUCUGAAGGCUGCACUGUCACAGCAGAGCCCAUCAGGACACAGUAUGGGGAUCAUGGCCAUGGGUGGCAGCCCAAUGAUCCCUCAGAGAGCAGAGCAGAGCCAGCUGCUCGUCCAGCAGCCAGAUGCUCCAUCACCUGCACAACCUCAGGUAUCUCCAGCACAGCCAACAGGUGGGCGGCGGCGGCGGACACUAGACGAUGAUCCAGAUGAGCGAAGGCAGCGCUUCCUCGAGAGGAAUCGAGCUGCGGCAUCGCGCUGCAGACAGAAACGCAAACUGUGGGUCAGUUCUUUAGAGAGGAAGGCUGAGGAUCUCUGCAACCUCAACGUCUCACUGUCGAAUGAAGUGUCUCUGUUGAGGAACGAAGUGGCCCAUUUGAAACAGCUGCUGCUGGCCCACAAGGACUGUCCUGUGACCACCCUACAGAAGAAGACUGCCUACUUAGCUGCAGAAGAGAGCAUGAAAGACACCUCAGAGCCCACAGGGUCCCCUGCCCCAGUGAUCCAGCACAGCUCUUUGGCGCACAGCCCUUCUGCAGGGCAUAAUGGUCUGAGCUCAAGGGCAGCAGCUGAGGCCAUGGCUAUGUCUGUGCUGGCAGGAAUGGGUCAGCAUCAGAGGUCUGAGAGUGGACCCUCUCACAUUAUCAUGGCUGCACAAUCUCAAUCUGCUGCCAGAUGAUGAGCGAUUCCACCACGGCCCAGAAUUGGCUCACACUCAUUUCCCAGGGGUACAAAAGGGCAGCAGAUCCCCAACCUCCUCCCUCUUGAAUCUAGAAGUGAAAAUUUUGUAACCCCACCCAGCCCCACCCACCCCCA